AUGGAAGGCGUCAAGAAGAAGUGGAAGGAGCUGCUGUACUCUUUUAGCACCAACGACCGCUACGCUGACUACAACGAAAACCAAGGCACAGGCAUCAGCAGGGUCUCUGCUGGCUCGGGGAGCGCCGCGGCCGCGGCGUCCUCUUCGCAGAUCCAGCUCACAGACUUCGUGGACGGCCACGAGUCGAGCAACGACGGCGUUAGCGAGGCCAUGCUUGCCUGGAGACACAUCGAAGCUUGGGCGUCCGAGAACCACUCAGAUCUCUACGCUACCCUCAGUGAACCCUGCACCCGCAGUGACAUUGCGAACGCCGAGAAAGAUCUCGCUAUAAUCUUCCCCGCAUCCGUGCGCGCCUCGCUCCGUUUACACGAUGGCCAAGAGGACUUAGAAUCCCUGACAGGCACGUCUGGCUUGAUUUUCGGUCUUCAGCUCAUGCCAUUGGACCAGAUUGUCCAGAUGACCAUGACCUGGAGAAGCGUGGCUGAAAACAUGUCCAAGAAGAACAGAAAUUCGUCACCCGUUCCCUCCGGUAACGGUUCUGGCAUUGAGAUGCCUAAUAAGUCCGCCACACCCCAGACUCUCAAGACUAAGGGCUACGGCAAGCUUGACUCCCAGGACUAUCCCAACACAAAUCCCGGCCUUCAACGUGAUAUUUCUCAUAAUUCCAACAAGCAAUUCAAAAUGAACUCCAUCCCAAGACAAGGUUCGGUACCUCAAAAUGCCAUCCAGCCGACUUAUGCCAAUGCCGGUUGGAUCCCACUAGUAACUGAUAACGCCGGUAACCAUGUUGCCGUGGACUUAGCACCUGGCCCCAAGGGUGUUUAUGGACAAGUUAUUCUGUUUGGUAGAGAAUUCGACACAAAAUAUGUGGUUGCCAACAACUGGGGAGACUUUUUGUUGGCAUUUGCCAACGAUCUGGAGAAAGGAAACUGGUAUAUCAUGGACGCAGAUGAUGAUUACCUCAGUGGCGAAGGUGACCUGGUCUUUAGAGACAAAGAGGACGACGGUCCAGUCGUUGACUACUUUGAUGUGCUAAAGGCCAGAACUCAUGCGGCGCUACAGCGCCAGCACAGCAGCACGGGUAAAGAACAACCUGAAUAUACUCAGGCUCGGAAAGUGUCACGCGGUGCCCCUGCCGCGGCUGGGGAGAGCUCAACUAUGAUUGAAGUCUCUCCCGUUGUCAGCAGCGAUAACGCCAACCCAGACAAGAAAACCGUCGAAAACACCGUCAUAGAAUCUCCAGCCAACUCAACUCAAGCUUCAGUGGCAGGCCUGAAAGUCGAGGAGGAGCCCAAGGAAACUAAACCCGAAGUGCAAGAGAGCUCCAAGGCUUCAGACAUGACUCAAAAAGACGAAAAAUUGGAGGAAGAACCCUCAAAAGACGCUAAAGUUACUCAGCAGCCAUCCGAAGUCAGCAAAGAAACAAAAAUCACAAGCGGCGCUGCACAGGAAUCUGCUGAUGAGCAAGCUAACACCAGCAAUACCGAAAUCCCACCGGAGACAGCGAGCGUAAAAGAAUUAAAAGAAGAAUUUGAAAGCGUUGCAUUAUAA